AGUCCAGUCUUUUUCUCUGGCUCCUACAUCUCAGCCCAUUUCUAACACUCCACAUUUCUCCACGUCCCUGACAUACUCAUACUUUCUCAUCUUGCCCUUCCUAAUCAUGCCCAGUACGAACCUUAGCAUCUUCAUCUCUAUGACUCUUCUAACUCUGCUUUUUAUCUCUGUGUCAGAUCUACUACCUUUCAACCAAACAAGGAAGGUCUUGCAACUGUCCAACAGAGCUUCCUUUUCAAUCUUGCUACUGUCACACAGCAUCCCUCACUAUCAUCUCCCCAGUUCCACCUUCUUUCCAGGUCUCACUCUCUUCCUGGCGAUGACAAAAACAUGUUCCUCUCUAUGUUUGUCACCCAGUCUGCGACACCACGGUCUAUAAGCUACUGCCUCAGCAAUAUGUGUCCUUUUUCCGUCCCUGCUGAAUCUCUUUCACCAACAGGGGCUGUCAUUCAUUCUCUUCCCAGAAAAUACACCUGUCACUGUCCUGGCAGUUUCCUGGAGGGUUCUUGCUACGCGGUCUCACUCAUUUGGCAGUUGCCAUCCGCCCAGAGCCUAUGUUGGAGAUGGGAAUUGGUCAGAUAAAAGGAAACAUCUGACGCCACAAACCAAGACUUUUCAUUCGAAUAGCACUCACUCACGAGUGCAACUCUUGCGGAUGACAUGGAACAGGAUUGUGAAUCUAGGACAAAACCAUUGAGAUCUUGCUCGACUUCUGACAGAUACAGCAUGAAUCGAGGACAAACAAGACCAGGAACAUCAACAUCGAGAAGUCAGAGUUUCCUUCUGCUUCUAUUCAGCAGUUUAAUUUGUACCAUCGAUGGAUUCACACUGAGAAGCUGCCAUAUUAGCAACAAUGUUGCAAUUUGUAAAGCCUUAAAAUUGAGGGAGGCACCAAGAGACAUUCCUUCCACUGUGACCGGUUAUGACUUGUCGUUGAACAAACUGACGAAGAUAGAAGUAGUCCACUUUAAAAACCUAACUGCUCUGAGACAGUUGGACAUGAACCGCAAUAUUAUUUCACAGAUAGAAAAAGGCUCUUUCACUGACUUGACCUCCCUGGAAAAGUUAAAUCUCAACAAUAACAAGCUCAGACAGCUGGCAGACAUAUUUGAGGGGCUACACAACCUUAAAGAGCUGCGACUCACAAGUAACAGCAUCACGACUGUUUCAGCUACUGCAUUCAAGCCACUGAAGAACUUGGCAUUUUUGGACUUGUCUUUUAACCAACUACAAAACGUUGACAAACUCCAGCUGAUCGUGCAGCACCUGCCAUAUUUACAGAAUCUGGUGAUGAAGAAGAAUAACCUCGCCGUUUUCACCACGGAGAAGCUGACAAACAAGUCUGUAAAUUUCCAGUACCUUGAUUUGUCUCAAAAUCCUUUGCAAGUCUUCAGAAUCACAGCAGAUGUGUUUCCAAAUCUGACCUGGUUGAAUCUUGGAGGGCCGCAAAAGAAGCACAGGAUGGCUUGGGAGGUGCGGAACCAGACGUUUCUUCGUCACGUGACCACCCUCGACAUCGGUGGGCUGCGAAUGACUGUCAGCGAUAUGGAAGAGUUGCGCGAGAGCUUCAAGACCUCACUUGUUACUAUCCGGUUGAACGCAAUGCCAGGUGACCUGCAAGCCUUCAUCAAUAUCUCCUGCUCCAUCCCAACCUUGACUGGACUGCAAAUUCGACGGAACCAACUGACCUCCAUCUCGCCUCAUCAGUUCCAAUCUUGUACGAACAUCACAGAGUUAGAUAUCGCAGAAAACAAAAUUCAGAACAUUGACGAAAACGCCUUCGGGUCCAUCCAGAGGAGUCUCAGCAUAUUGACUCUGAGUCAGAACAAGAUACCCUCUGUUCCAGCAGCUGUGCGGAAGCUACCAAACCUUUCAAAAUUGGAUCUAAGCCAUAACAAAAUCAGUUCACUUCAAUGCCAUGAUUUUGCUAAUCUGACAAAGCUCAGAAUUCUGAGUCUCCAUAAUAAUUCAAUCUCUAAUUUACCAACCUGCACCUUUAGUGGUUUAGACUCGUUGCAGGUUCUGAAGCUACAGUCAAACAAAAUCUCAACGACGAAUGGAGCCUUCAAAAAAAUUUUCCCAAGACUAAGACAACUGCGUUUAGAUUCAAACACCCUGACCGGCAUUAAACCCAAAGAAUUUGAGGGUUUGGUGUCACUGCAAAACUUAUCAUUGCACCAUAAUAAGAUCAAGGACAUUAAAAAUGGCUCUUUCUUUGGACUCACCAAUCUCACAGAUCUUCUGCUCCAGAGUAAUGCCAUUGAAGAAAAGGAACUCAACAGCGGCGCCUUCAACGAUCUGAUCAACGUAAGAAGAUUAGAUUUGAGAGAAAACCACAUUAAAUAUAAGAAUCACAGUGCAAUACCCCACCCUCCAUUUUCAAGGCUGUCGCUCCUGGAGACCCUGGCAAUCCCAGCACAAAGUGGACAUGGGAAAGGAGGUCUACCACGCAACUUUCUUGUCGGGUUAACAAAUCUGUUGGAGUUUUACGCAAAAGAUGACCUACUGAUUUCUCUCCAUGAUGACAUGUUUCAAUACACACCGAGACUGGAACUGCUUGACAUUAGUUCCAACGAGCUCUUUGACAUCUCACCACAACUAUUUUCUCCCAUCAGCAACCUAAGUAGUCUCUAUGUUUCUCGAACAAACCUUCGCUCACUGGACUUUUUUACAGAUGCCAAUCUCACCAAGCUUGUGUUUCUUCAAGGGAGAAAUAACCAGUACUCAGUCAUUCCUAAAGAAGUGAUCGAGUCUCUGCCAUCACUCGAGUACAUGGAUUUACAAGGCAACAGCUUCACUUGUGACUGCGACAACGCAUGGUUCCUCCAGUGGGUGAAAAACAACACUCAAACGCAAGUCCCGAAUGGAUAUAGUUUUGUUUGCAACUACCCAAAAAACCUAAAGGGCAUGAAACUGCUGGACCUGGAUGUUAGCUCUUGCACAGUGGACAUUGAAUUUAUCCUCUAUGUAGUCAAUACAUCAAUCAUCCUCUUGUUCCUGAUGGUAUCCUUCACCUACAAUUUCCUGAGAUGGCAACUGUCCUAUGCCUACCACAUCUUCUUGGCCUUCCUUUAUGACAAGAAGAACAAGCACAGAAAGGCUUCAGAGGAGUACGACGCCUUCAUCUCCUACAACGUCCACGAUGAGGAGUGGGUUAUAAGGGAGGUGCUUCCAAAGUUGGAGGGAGAACAAGGAUGGAAACUGUGUCUGCAUCAUCGAGACUUUCAGCCAGGGAAACCGAUCAUUGACAACAUCACAGAAGCCAUCUACGCCAGCAGGAAGACAAUCUGUGUGAUCAGUCAGAGGUAUCUGGAGAGCGAGUGGUGCUCCAAAGAGCUGCAGGUCGCCAGCUACCGCCUGUUUGACGAGAGCAAGGACGUGUUGAUUCUGGUGUUCCUUGAGGAGAUCCCUGCCGCUCAGCUGUCUCCCUACUACCGCAUGAGGAAGCUGCUGAAGAAAAGGACUUACCUGAGCUGGCCUUAUGCUGGAGAAGGUGCCGGACUCUUCUGGGAGAAACUUCGUCAGGCACUCUCCAGGCCCACGGACAACGUCUGUGAUGAGCAGCUGCGCCUCACUGUAAGAGACAGGCUGCAAGUUUGACUUGAGGGACUGGAUGUGGAGCACUUGCACUUAAGGAAAACAUAAUAAGUAUGUUGAAGUUUCAACUGUUCCACUGCGACCUCUGGUGUUGAAUCAGGACAACUGAUUCUCUCAUCCAUUACUGUGAAGAGUAAAAGCACAAAGUACUCCAGGGCAGAUUUCCAUACACGUGCUAAACUUCAU